AUGGAGGAAUCGCAAGCACCCACGGUACUCGGUGAUGAUAUUUACGAUGAUCCAUCUCAACUUUCCCAGGCCCUCUGGCAACGGGUCGGCAGCGAAAAGUCAUUUCACUUCACCACGUCGACGGAAAGUCCCAAUUCAGGGGAUAACACCGUCUCCACCUUUACGGGACCGCUAGAAGCCAGUCACGCCUUCCUGCGCGCAUCCGUCGGGCUUGCGCAGUUCGAUCGCGCUCUUUCCCCGCGACGCGCCACGACCGCAAAACAUGUCAAGCCCGCUCUACCCAAACACCACAGCACGCCCACCAGUACUCGAAACGUUCAAUUGGACAGGGCAGACAAGAUGUAUCACAGCUUCAACAUACCGGACGCGCCGGGCGAUACUCAACCGGAUAGUCAAAUGAUGAAGACAUGGACGAGCGGCAUAUUCCCAACAAUAGAUGGGAGAGAGAUAAGAGUGCCACAGCCCAAAUCACUGUUUGUCGAGCAUAGUGAGGAGGAGAACAACGACGACUCGCCUACAGAUGAGAUGGAAGUUGUAGCAUCGAGCCAACAGAUUCACGUCCCGACGCCUAUGAGCCAUACCAUGAUCGAUGUCGACGAACAGGGCGAUACCGCACAAAAUAGCCUGGCACCCACGAGUCCACUGAAAUUCCAAACGCCUGCAUUGGGGGACAGGAAGAGGGUCAGCUCAGGCCAGAUGCUAAGCUCAGCCAUGCGGACCAGCACCACGCCCGGCAGUGUUCCUUCUGCUCCUUUCUUUUUCGGCAACGAAGCUGGAGGAGGUGAAGUACAGCACAUAUCUCUUACACAGGCCUUCAACAAUACUCAGGCACCCACCUCCCCCAUGGUAGAUUGCCCAGGUGAAGAUGUCGUCUUCACACGCCCUUCACCCAACUUUACGCAUGCGCGGCACUCGAGUCCAAUGCCAGCCUAUUCCAGCCCUAUCAAAGCUACUCGCCGCGAUACCCCCAAAUCCGAGCCAAUUAUGCGAUCGUCCAGCGUACCGCGAACCGAUUAUGUCACAACGAAGGAGUCACAAGAGAGGCGAAAUCGUUCUGUAGGAAACGAACACAAUGUCAUUGUGGAGCAGGAUAGUUGGGAAGAGCUCUCUAGGAAGGUGAAGGCCAGGAAAUCAAGAGAGUAUGCCCGUCGUCAGGUUGCAGAAUCUCUUUCGCACGUCUCUGCACCAAUGCAUUCGUUAUCACCAUCUGAAAUAAAGCGCACAAUGAGUGCAGGCUAUCCGUCGCCGGGAAAAUCAUGCACGUCGCGAAGCGUGGUCCGCGCCACAUCGCACGACGAUGACGUAUUCAUGAAUGAACAGUCACAAACCAUAAUGGUGAAUGAGGCGAAUAAGCACAAUAGCGAUCAUUCCGCCGAUGAAACAUCGCAGACCACGCGGGACGCCGCACGGACAGUGGCUGAAUACAAUAGCAUACAGGUCCCAAAGACUUCCUCUCACCCGCACCGUACUCCUUCAGUCCAACCUUCAGGAAACUCCACGCAGCAACCAAGGCCUUCAUCACAACGCAAAACCCGACAACGAGAAUCUGGCUCACAGUAUUUACGAGCAGCAAUUCAGCCGUCAAGUAGCAAGGAGUCAAUCGCUGUCAUGGACUCACAGCCGGAUGCGACUGCAGACUUUGAAAGCGUGCCACGACCAAAAUCGCUUCGCUUUCCGUCGUCACCGAUGAUGAGCCAGUACAGCAUCAACCAGACUACAAUGGCCACCAAGACCGGAUACACAAGCCAAGUCAUCUCAUCUUCAAUACCACCCUUGCCACCCAAGUCCAGUCCAGAGAUUGUGACGCCUGAGGAAGAUCGUGUUCCUAGUAGCCCCCCACUAAUGGUCCCUGGUGACGGGAAGGAAGAAGGUGAUCUGGAGUAUGACGAGCACGCGUACGACGAGCAUGCAGAGGGAGUUGCAGAGGAUGACACGAUGCCAUCCCCAGAUAACGACGCAGAUGUGGCCAUGGAUGAGGAUGAGGACGAGGAGGAUCUACCGCUUCCGAAAGAGGAGUCCGAAGACGAGGAUGCAGAUAAUGAAAGCAGUCAAGAAGGAUAUGUGGACAUGGCCCAUCCUUGCAAAGUGGAAGUUCCAGAUGAUGAGGCUUCAGGGACUUUGGACCAGGAGCAGCCUGAGGGCCACGUGCACUACAACCAAGAGUCACGACGCAAUAAUGGAGACAAUCCAUCCAACGCACCGCGCAUGCAACGUCAAAAUACCAUUCCCGACACUGAUGCGCUCGAUGACACGCAACCAUCUUGCUUUCCAGACAGUCAUUCUGGGGAGGUCAUUGGGGAUGAUGCGGCUGUGCAUAAUAACACCAACAACACUGAGCAAUUCCAAACCGCACAAGAGGAACCGUCUGGAUCCCAGUCCAACAUGCCAGCGCCUCGCAGCUCCAGAGACCAGGGGAGUGAUACCAUGACAGGAGGCAGCCGGAUUCGCUCUAUCGACGACAUAUACAACCUCCCUGAGACUCAGCAGUCACCUGUAGAGGAAGACGUUGAAAUGCCUCGCUUGAGUGGCGUAGAGGAAGAUGAUGAAGAUGUCUCCAUGUCUCGAUCUUCGCCCGCCCUACCACCUGCGAAGAGGCGUAAGAUCACAUAUACUGGGAAGCGCCCUGUCUUCCGCGACUCAACAACAGCGACAGCGGAUGCAACGCUUUCAGGUCCACCAUCAUCACCACACGUCGAACUGGCACAGGAUGCAUUAGAAGCGACCCCGCCAAUUGCAACAACUCAGGAACAAGAAGACCAAGGUGCUCGUACAGCGGCACGCCUACGGGAAGAGGCGCAAGUUCCGUACAAACCGACAACUUCUCUCAAGUCCAAGGUCCUGCCAAAGCCUAAGAAGCCGCAGAACCAGAGGCAUGGAGCACUAAAGCCGGUUUCAAGAGAACUGUUACAGAGCGUCUCUUCACCAGCAAAUUCGCCUUCGAGACCAAAGGUGUCGGUUCGUAAUCGAGCAACCACACCUGUCACCCCUUCCAAGCCGAAAGAAGUUGCUUCCAAAGCGCCUACCAAAACGCCUGCUGAUGUCAAUAUGACUGACGCCGACAACGACACGGUCGGGCCCACCAGUUCUGCUCCGCCACCAAGCAAUGUGGAGAAGACUCCAUCACAGCACAGUGAGACCCCACCAGAUGACAUCGUUGUGCCAAACAGAGUCUUCGCAUGCUGGCCUGGUAGCCACUAUUACCCUGCUACGUGUCUCGGUCGCGCAACAUCUCGGCUGCUUCAGAUACGAUAUGAUGAUGGUAAUAUCACAUCCGUCGACGCGAUGCUCGUCCGGGCAUUAGACCUUCGUAAAGGCGACCAUGUCAAAGUGGACGAGCCAGGCAUGAAGAAGAACACUUAUGUUGUUGUCGGUUUCAAGCAUAAGAUGCACGACGUGGGUUGUGAAGAGUUUCCCACUACUGAUCAGCGCGGACAUGCGAGCGUUAUUCUUGAGGAGAAAUCUAGGGGCAGCCUACCAGCAGCCAAAGCACUCCAAACGACUGGACAAAUUUCAGUGCCCGUUUCUGAUGUUUACUUGACUGCUGGUUUGUGGAAGCGUCUGCGAGAUCGAUCUUACAAUUUCGGAUCGCUCAUAUCACCAGCUAAGACGGCUUCUCACAUUGGCACUCCUGUCCCUGAUCAUUUCGCUACACCGUCAUUCACGCGGCGUGGAACGGCCGCACCGUCGCUACUCAAGGAUCUGACCACACGUGCUGGAUCUGUAGCUUCCACUACUCGAUCCGGCACUGGUGUGUUUGUGAACAUGGCCUUUGUACUCACUUCGACUGCUGCUGAUGUGGAUAAAGAGGCUAUCACUAAGACCAUCAGAAGAAAUGGCGGGCAAGUCCUAGAACAUGGCUUCCAUGAACUGUUUGACUAUGAGUCUUCUGACGCACCCUCCUCGCCGCAGAAACGUCGUAGAUCGACCUCUUCUGUCGAGAGACCUGGUCUUUCACUCAAACAAGCAUACCGAGACCUGGGUUUCGUCGCACUCCUUUCCGACUCGCAUUCUCGUAGCACCAAGUAUAUCCAAGCCCUAGCUCUCAAUGUCCCAUGUCUGCACCUCCGCUGGAUCCAGGACUCAGUUAACGCCUCCCGAGCUGCGCCAUUCUCACGCUACCUUCUACCUGCCGGUGUCUCGAAAUUCCUUGAUCCGAACGGUGUUAUUCGCUCUCGCACCAUGGCCCCUUACGACCCAGCAGGCGAAGAUACAUCCUUCGCUCAGACUAUCCAGACCCGCGACCUCCUCUUCAACAACCAAAACGUCCUUCUCGUCACGGGCAAAUCGAAAAAGGAAAUGGAUAAACGACAGCCCUUUGUCUUUCUCUCGCAUGCGCUUGGCUCCGCAAGCGUAGGCCUGUGCGCUGAUCUUGACACCGCAGCUGACAUGCUCGGCGAUAACAAGUGGGACUGGGUCUACGUGGACAAUGGCGAACGCGGUGUAGCCGUGGCGGCGACCAUGUUGUUCGGCACCGAGAAACCGGCGCCAUUGGGUAAAACGAAGAAGGGCGGUAAGAAGAGGAGGCGCUCCGAGACUGAGCCUGAGCCUCAGGACCCGCUUUUUGUCAAGAGCAGAGUUGGCAUGAGGGAUGUGAGGAUCACUUGUGCCGAGUUUGUGAUUCAAAGCUUGAUUCUUGGGGUGUUGGUUGAGGAGUGA